AAAAGCUUUUACGAGUCACUGAAACUAAAUAAAUGCUGAGAGCCUAAGUAAUUUUUUCAGUUUUCGGCCAGGGAAGGCCUAGUAUCAAUAGGCCACCGCCGAAGUGGAUCCCAUUCACAGCGGGAAAAAAAUUUUUAAAAAAAAUAUGGAGACGUAUAACAAGAUGAAUUGGCCGCUCGUUCUCGUGUUGUUGUGUGCAUUCGUGGCUGUCACCCCCGCCAUGGCGGGGGCCGAAAUUGGCGAUAUAUAUAGCUCCGACACAUACUGGGUGAACCGCAAGGCGGAAGCUAUGGAGCAUGUCAUGAAAGCCUACACCUCACAUCCCGAACACAUCACCCGUAAUCUCACUGCAGAGAUCCAUAGUAUGAAGAAUGAAACAAUGGGGGAUCAUGACUUUGAUGAGUUGGAGCUGGUGAAUGGUACAAGGAGGAACUUGCGGGCGAGGAGGUACAAAGGGCCAUGCAAGGUGUCUAACCCCAUUGAUAGAUGCUGGAGGUGCGACAAGAAUUGGGCAAAUGACCGCAAGAAAAUGGCGAAUUGCGCCUUGGGAUUCGGCGCCGGGACCACCGGAGGAAAGGACGGUCCGAUCUACGUCGUGACGGACUCGUCAGAUGACAACAUGGAGGAGCCGAAGAAUGGGACCCUCAGGCAUGCGGUCAUCCAGGACGGGCCACUGUGGAUCAUAUUCGGGUCCAGCAUGACGAUCACGCUGCAGCACGAGCUACUAGUGACGGGCGACAAGACCAUUGAUGGGCGCGGCGCGUACGUGAAAAUCGCAGGCGGCUCGGGCAUCACGGUGCAGUUUGUGAAGAACGUCAUCAUCGCGAACUUGAAGAUCAAGCAAAUCAAAGCCACCUCCGGUGGCAUAAUCAGAGACUCCACUACCCAUAAGGGUCUCAGAACUUUCGACGAAGGAGAUGGCAUUACUGUCUUUGGAUCCUCUAACGUUUGGAUCGACCAUUGUUCCAUGUCCAAGUGCGAAGACGGAAUUAUAGACGCCGUCAAGGGCUCCACCGCCGUCACCAUCUCCAACUGCCACUUCACCGAUCACUCUAAGGUGUUACUCUUUGGGGCCAACAACUGGGACCCAAUCGACAAGGUGAUGCAAAUAACGGUGGCCUUCAACCACUUCGGCAAAAGGUUGGAGCAGAGGAUGCCGCGGUGCAGGUGGGGGAUGUUUCACAUAGUCAACAACGACUACACAUAUUGGGAAAUGUACGCUGUGGGAGGUUCCGCCGGUGCCACCAUCAUCAGCCAGGGCAACCGCUACAUUGCCCCGCCCGGUCUGUACUUCAAGGAGGUCACCCACAGGGACUGGCCUGACGAUUCCUGGAAGGGGUGGACCUGGGUCUCGGACUCAGAUUUAUUCAUGAACGGCGCUUUCUUCUUGCCGUCGGGAGAUCCGGCAGGCGCCCAAAAGUACGGUCUACUCGACCUCGUCGAAAAAAUGCCUGGCUCUGCUGUCGGAAGAAUCACGAGGUUCUCUGGUGCUCUUUCAUGCAAGAUCGGAAAGCCGUGCUAAAUAUUUUUGCACGUUAGGUUGUCUGAUAAUCCCUCACAAUUCAGAUUAUUUUUUUUGCAGAUAUUAAUUAUUAAUAUUUUUUGUUACUUGUCAAUUUUCUUUUGUAUGACGAAACCAUUUUGGAUUUGGAAAUAAGUAUUGUUGUUUAGUGUUUA